AUGGACCCAAUUUAGCCGAAAAACCAUGAAAGUAAAGAAGCGGUGUAGAAUGAAGAUGGGGAAGCAAUUUCUUACACAAAGCGAGACCAAAACGAAAGACUUUUGAGAAUGGACCCAAGAAGAGUGAUUGGAAAAUAGGCAUGAGAGCAUAAAAGUAAAGAAGCAAUUUCUUCCUCAAUUUCUCCAAUCUUGGUUCAGACCAAAACGAAAGACUUUUGAGAGCAUGACCAAACCGGGCCUUGCAAUCUCUUACACAAAGCGAGCUCUCACACAAACCCACCUUUCAUCUCAUACCAAACGUCUCUCUCACUCUCACCCCAUUCCCUUCACUCCCAAACCCAGCAACACUAUAAAUGCACACCAUCUGUUCGAUAAAACUCCCCAGAGAGACCCCUUAGAAUACACCCACUUACUCUUCGAGUACACUCGCAAUGACCGCAACCAUGAAGCCAUCAACCUCUUUCUGGGUGCUUCCCGGGCCGGUCUACCGGUCAAUGGGUCGGUUCUGUCUUCUGUGGUCAAGGCUUGUGGAAGCUUGUGUGAUCAAGUUGUGGGUAGACAAGUGCAUUGUCAGUGUGUCAAGUCCGGGCUUGGGGAAGACGUUAGUGUUGGGACCUCUCUUGUCGAUAUGUAUAUGAAAACCGAGGGUGUUGUGGAGGGGAGGAGAGUCUUUGAUGAGAUGAGGGAGACGAAUGUAGUGUCAUGGACUUCAUUGAUUUCGGGUUACGCAAGAAACGGAUUGAAUGACCAGGCGUUGGAGUUGUUUUCGCAGAUGCAAAUGGAAGGAAAUAAGCCGAACCCGUUUACGUAUGUGGCUGUGCUUGGAGUUUUGGCAGAUGAUGGGUUGGUUGAGAAGGGAAAUCAGGUUCAUGCCGUGGUUAUAAAGAAUGGUUAUGUGGCGAUUACAUUCUUGUGCAAUUCGUUGAUUAACAUGUAUUUAAAGUCAGGGAUGGUUAGUGAGGCUAGAGCUGUUUUUGAUAGUAUGCCAAGUAGAGAUGAGGUUACAUGGAAUAGCUUGGUUGCAGGUUAUGUUACGAAUGGGCUUGAGUUGGAAGCUUUUGAAAUGUUUAAUCAGAUGGGGCUUGCUGGUAUUAAGUUCACGCAACCGAUAUUUGUUACUGUUAUCAAGUUAUGUGCUAACUAUGAAGAAUUGGGUUUUGCAAGACAGCUACAUUGCCGUGUUUUGAAGAGUGGGUUGGCAUCCCAUCGCAAUAUUGAAACAGCAAUCCUGGUGGCUUACAGUAAGUGCAGUGAAAUGGACGAUGCUUAUAAUAUGUUCUCCAUGAUGCAAGGUGUUCAGAGUGUAGUAACUUGGACGGCCAUGAUCAGCGGGUACCUGCAGAAUGGUGGAACAGAGAAAGGAGUGAAGUUAUUCUGUAAAAUGAGCAGAGAAGGUGUUAGACCAAAUGAUUUCACUUAUUCUGCCAUCAUUAUGGCCCACCCUUCUAUAUCUAUAUUCCAAGUGCAUGCACAAGUUAUAAAAACUAAUUAUGAGAAGUCACCUUCUGUAGGAACUUCACUCAUAGACGCUUAUGUUAAGACGGGAAAUGUUCCUGAAGCUGAAAAAGUUUUCCAAACGAUUGACGAGAAGGACAUUGUAGCAUGGUCAGCAAUGCUUGCUGGAUAUGCUCAAAUAGAAGACACCGUGGGAGCUAUUAAAAUUUUCCUCCAGUUGACAAGAAAAGGGGUCAAACCUAACGAGUUUACUUUGUCUAGUAUCAUUAAUGCUUGCGCUGGACCUUCAGCAACAGUGGAGCAGGGGAAACAAUUUCAUGCUUGCUCAAUUAAACUCAGGUUGAACAAUACUUUGUGUCUAAGUAGUGCUCUUGUCACCAUGUAUGCAAAGAUGGGGAAUAUUGAAAGUGCAAAUGAAGUUUUCAAGAGACAAGGUGAGAGAGACUUAGUUUCGUGGAACUCUAUGAUCUCUGGAUACGCACAACAUGGUCAGGGGAAUAAGGUUCUUGAAAUAUUUGAGGAGAUGCGUAGACAAAAUUUGGAAAUUGAUGGGAUAACAUUCAUUCUCAUAAUCUCUGCCUGUACUCAUGCAGGCUUAAUAGAUGAAGGUAAAAGAUUUUUCAAUAUUAUGGUCCAGGAUUACAAUAUUGAUCCUACAAUGGAGCACUAUUCUUGUAUGGUUGAUCUGUACAGCCGAGCCGGAAAGCUUGAAAAAGCGAUGAAUCUUAUAAACAGCAUGCCCUUCACUGCAGAUGCAAAUGUGUGGCGAGCUCUCUUGGGUGCUUGCCGUGUUCACCGCAACUUAGAGCUGGGAAAACUCGCAGCAGAAAAGCUUAUUUCACUUCAGCCCCAAGAUUCCGCUGCUUAUGUUCUGUUGUCAAAUAUUUAUGCUGCAGCUGGAAACUGGCAAGAGAGAGAUAAAGUGAGGAAGUUGAUGGAUGAAAGAAAAGUGAAAAAGCAACCUGGGUAUAGCUGGAUUGAGGUGAAGAACAAGACCUAUACAUUCUUGGCCGGUGAUGUUUCACAUCCCAUGUCAGACCGUAUAUACUCAAAACUUGAUGAGUUGAAUAACCGAUUGAAGGAUAUGGGUUAUCAGCCUGAUACAAACUACGUGCUCCAUGAUGUUGAAGAGGAACACAAAGCAGCCUUUCUUUAUCAACACAGUGAGAGGCUGGCCAUUGCUUUUGGAUUGAUUGCCAAACCUCCAGGAUCUCCUAUCCAGAUUUUGAAAAAUCUUAGGGUAUGUGGAGACUGUCACACUGUUAUUAAAUUAAUUUCGGUGAUAGAAGCGAGGGAUAUAGUUGUCAGAGAUUCAAAUCGAUACCACCACUUCAAGGGUGGUUUAUGCUCUUGUGGAGAUUAUUGGUGAGACCCCAUUGGGGAAAAGGAUUUAACAAUAAGUUUGGAAGGGUUCUCGUGCAAGUGAUCAAGAACACCUUCAAACAAAGCAGCUGCAUGACUUCUAGCCUCUAGAUGAUGCAUAAAUUUCAUCAGGGGAAAACACAGAUUGUAGCAUGAGAAGUUUAUUCUUAACUUACCAUGCAAAAUUUAAGUCAUGCCACCAACUAGCAGCUGUACUUAGAUUUAUGUGGUGUGCGAGAACCCAAUGGUAUUUCCCAAUAAAGAAGAGUUGUAUACCAAGGUUUUAAAUUUUCAAAGAUGACGAGAUCAACAGUCUCAUGGACCAUCCUGGGAUAAAUUUUUCUCUUUGGUGACAAUUUAUCUCCAAUGGUAGUUGGUUGGUUCAUGUGGUCUGGAGUUAUUUGCCAGCACUCCAAUUUGCAAGGCAUGUGACAGUACCAAUUAACAGUCUCGUGGAAAAUUCAUUCUGGGUAGCAUUUGCUUGUGGUCCUUGGUUGGUCCAUGAAGUCGGGAAAUUUUAUCACCACCACUCCUGUUUGUGAGACAUUAUGGCUGCUGGACUCCAGGAAGGUCGAUAUGAUUUCAAAGUUGCUGCAACUGCAGAUACAUGUGGACAAGACAUCGAGGUGCCAGAAAUGAUGUUAUAAUUGACAGACCUUUCUGCUGUGGGUGUAGUUGAGAC